AUGGUCGUGGACCACAAGGGCACGCUCUUGAUCAAUGCCACCAAUGGCGUGGUCAUCAAUGGCGUAGAUGUCCUCGCCCACAUCACAGGCGACCUUGCAUCCGCAAAGCACUGCAAUCUCCCAGACUCCGUUGCCGUCACCGACGUGACUGGGCCCUGCAAUGCCACGGUUCUCGGCGUGGCACGCUGCAACACUCAGACUCAGAACCCUGAGUGCAUUCCUGGCUAUACCACCUCCCAGGCUCCCAAAGCCCCUUGCCAGAUCCAAGCUGACCUCCUCCAUUUAUCCUUUGACAACAACCUCUUGGACCUUUCUUACAACCGUCGCAACAUCCUCUACUACGGCGCUGCCCCCGACAACCUAUUUGGACGUCACCUGCGUGCCCCCGCAAAUGUCAUCGGUGGCGCCUUUUCCGUGUGUGUGGAUGUGAUGUUUGACACCUUUGGCCUCUCUUCGCGCAUCUUCGACUUUAGCAUGUCUGAGGAAGGCACCCGACUAGGUGCCAACAAUAACCUCCUUAUGCUCAACCGUCAUGACAGCAACGACAUCCUAUUUGAGGCCUACCAAGGCAACCACAUCGCUACACAGCUGCGAUCCAAUAACUUUUUCGAAGCUGGCAUUUGGGCUCACGUCUGCGUCACGGCCACUAGUGACGGCACUUACACGCUUUAUAAAAAUGGUGUUCAGACAAUGCAAAUGUCCAACGCCCCACCCAUCCCCUACUUACGCCGUACUUCCAACUACAUCGGUCGCUCCAACUUCAACGACAACCCUGACUUUGAUGGUGCCAUUGACAACUUGCGCAUGUGGUCGCGCGCUCUCACUUCAUCACAAAUUGCCGACCUGUUCCUCGAGGACGCCUCAGGUUUGGAUAACAAUGGUGUGGCAUUCAACCACCACAACAUGAAUUUGUACCAAGUCAAUGCACCCGAGGGCGACAUGGCUUUGUAUCUGGAUGGUGUCAAUGACUACGUUAUUGCGCCGUCCUUGAGCUUGAAGAAUGCUUUCACAGUGGGUGCACUUGUUUCCCUUGCGCACAUCAAUGGCAUCGCUCAUGAGCUUGUUCCCCAACCUUGUCUGGAUCAAUUCUACUCCAUAGUUGAGAGCAUAUUUAUCGGUAACUCUCAUGAAACCACAACACUUGAGUUCACCUUUUUGUUCGAGGAUCGUUCACUCGAUACAUUCAUGAUCGUGGCUGGUGGCUUUGACUGGGCAUAUGGUGGCUUUCAGCACUACUGUUUCACCCUCGAAGGUCCUCUUGCCAUCGUUUAUCGCCAAGGUCGCGAAAUUGGCCGCAACAGCAACAUGCGCGUCCGCAAUAGCACUGAGUACCGCAACAUCUUCAUUGGCCGCUCCACUUUUGCCGGUGAUGAUUAUUUUGGUGGCAAUUUGGAUGACUAUCGCGUGUACAACUUCGCACUCUCAGCCGAAGAUGUUCAUCAUCUCCUCUGCCAGGGCCGGCCCGACCUUGAUUGUGUGGGCCUCGUGGCCCACUUCAAAUUUGACGGCAAUGUCCGCGAUGCUAGCGGCAAUGAGUGGCAUGGCGAGCUUGUGCCUGUCAACAUUCGGGCUAAAGAUCUAUUCUUUGAGAACACGAAUGUAGCCGUCGGGACGGGUGCUCUCUUGUUGCCUGGUAAUGGUAGCUGGGUGCAGCUGCCUGCACGCAACUUUGGCGGUGACUUUACUGUUUGCUCCUGGAUUCAAACCCGGCGUGUCGGAAUGUGGGAACGCAUUGUGGACUUUGGCAACUCGACCAACCGCAUGUACAUUGCACGCUGGAAUACCAACGCAGAGCUCUUCAUGGAAAUCAAUGGUGAAGUCGUGCGGGCCAACCUGCCUGCUGAUAAGGCCGAUGUGUUUAUUCACGUGUGCGGGUUCAGCAACUCGACUGGUGGCUACUUGGCCAUCGACGGCGAGUUGGUGGGCAGCAACGUAGGCAUGUUGCAAAUGCCUGUCGGCUGGCUUGACGUCAAUUACAUUGGCAAGUCGGCGGCUGCGGUGUCAGACGCACCUCUGGACGCGGUGCUGGAUGAUCUUCGCAUCUACGAUCAUGCUCUCUCCAUGAACGAAGUGGCGCAACUGGCCAACAUGGCUCUUUGAAACCCAACCGCAGGAUUUGUGGGCCACCAAUCAAUGCUGUGCUUGUUCGGUCUUGGACGUGCUCGUGUAUAAACCUGUGCAUGAAUUCAACAGCAUCUUAUUAAAUUUGACAGACCCAGGGCGAGCGCUGGGCAAAUGGGCCACGGGUGAGGACCUCUGCCCGCCUAUAACGAGAUGGCCGUUCUGAAAUCAUCAAUCAAAGCUUCCUACGCAA